UGUGUGGUAGAGCGAGGCGAUAGCAGUGGGGUCAGGAGUAACUCUUCAACUCUUUGGGUGCACAUUCACCUGCCAGCAGGUGUGUUUGCUCUUCUGGGCUGGUCACCACCAUUUCGGAUUGGAUAUCACAAGUGGACCAUUGGACUCUUUGUAGCUCAAGGACCCGGCCUUCCAAAUCCCUGAAGACUCACCCCAGAAGGAACUGGGAUUCUUUGCAGCUGGAGUCUCACUCAUCUGGGGUUUCCAAACCUCCCCUUAAUUGUGAAAUUUGGCUCUGGAGUGAGUGCCCCAUCCCUGAAGCAUGUUCCAUUCCCCCUGGCUGGAACAUCCCAUCCCAGCUUGGGGACAGCCCGCUCACCUCACUGCCCUUUUCUGUGCUCAGGAGCUGCCAUGGGCCACCAAGGGCAGAGCUGUCGGUGUUCCAAGUGAAGACUGCUAUGCAGUGGAUAAUGACAUUCGUGCUUUUUUCUAUUUUUGCUCCUAUGAUGCAAUUACAGCAGUGCUAAAUUUCUGUGGAUUACCAGUGCCUGUGGUGGAAUCCAGGAGCCUCUGUAACAAGCUAUGAAGUCAGGAGGACAGGCAGCAUGCAGAGAUCUUGGCAGUUCCUUUGUGAUGGAAGAUCCUGCUGUACUGAGGGCCCUGGUGCCAAAAUGCAGCACAAACCAUUAAUUUGCUCUGGUGGUACUCCCUCCUAUACACUGUCAUAUAUAUCAAUAUUCCUUGGCCUUCCCAAACUGCUUGGAAUCCCAGGAGCAUCCCAUGGAUGAGUAACAGAUGGUACAGUGGAUGAGGAGACUCCAUUUCCAUGAACUGCCUCUUGCUGUCCGGGCUGCAUCUGACACUUAAUGGAAGAGACAGGCACAGAUGAAGACAAGCCUUUUCCCUGCGUGUUUGGUUUCCUCUCUAGCUGUGCAGUUCAGCCUGCUAUAGAUCACUGGGGCUUAGUUUUUUUAAGCUGCAGAAGACGGGGCUAUGAGGACAGCCUGGCAGGGGAAGUCUGGUCGCAGCCCACUCCAGGCCCUGUAUGAGAGCGAUCAGUUUGAACAGUCAUCACUGCAGGCAGUUCACCAGCAGCGACGGGAGCUGUUGAGCAACAUCUGCAACCGUUACACCCGCAAGCGGCGGCUGCUGCGGCCGGAUGACUUGCGGCACUUGGUGGUGGAUGACACGCAUGGGCUGCUCUACUGCUACGUGCCCAAAGUGGCUUGCACAAACUGGAAGCGGGUGAUGAUGGUCCUGACGGGGCAGGGCAAGUACCGGGAUCCUCUGGAAAUCCCUGCCAACGAGGCCCACGUGUCAUCCAACCUGCACACUCUCUCUGAAUACAGCAUCCCUGAGAUCAACCACCGCCUGCGCAGCUACCUCAAGUUCAUCUUUGUGCGGGAGCCAUUCGAGCGCCUGGUCUCAGCCUACCGCAACAAGUUCACCCGCAGCUACAACACGGCUUUCCACAAGCGCUACGGGACCAAGAUCAUCCGGCGGCACCGGCAGGAGCCCAGCGACAAGGCGCUGGAGCGCGGGGAUGAUGUGCGCUUCGAGGAGUUUGUCUACUACCUGCUGGAUCCGCGGACUCAGCGGGAGGAGCCCUUCAACGAGCACUGGGAGCGCGUGCACUCGCUCUGCCACCCCUGCAUCGUCCACUACGAUGUGGUGGGCAAGUACGAGACCUUGGCCGAAGAUGCCAACUACAUCCUCCAGCUGGUGGGUGCUGACACAAGUGUCAAGUUCCCGUCCUCGUCCAAGACCACCAGAACCACGGACGACAUGACGGCCCAGUUCUUCCAGGACAUCAGCCCCUUCUACCAAAGACGACUCUUUAAUUUAUACAAAAUGGACUACUUGCUCUUCAACUACUCCAUCCCUUCUUACCUCCGCAUCCGAUGAGGCAGUUGCAGGGAAGAGAGAUGGGGAGAGCUGGGUACUUCUCAUCUUGCCACAACUCCUCUCAUCCCACCCAUGCUCAUCUCUCGGUUCUCCCCAUGCCCUCUCCAUUACAUUCUGUUCUGUGUGCCUCAUUCAGGCACGGUCUGGAGGGAGAACACCCCGUAGAACACUGGGGCUGGAGUUUCUCCUUCCCUUUCUCUCCCACCCCUUGACUUUGGCACUUAUCAGUGGGUACAGGAAGCUGCUGGCUUUGAAGGUUUGCCUUGGCUGGGGUUUUUCUUAUGACUAAGAGAUUCCUCUAUAGAUCCAAGUCUUGGGAAGGGUCCUUUUUCAUGCAGGAUCCUUUUGGUUGUUCCUCUUCCUCACUGGGCUGUUUGGGGUCAGCAUGGGGAGCAGGAUGGGGCUUGUCAGAGAUUUACAUAGGACCAGAAAUAAAGCAAUAAUGUAA